CGCAAACCAGCUUGGCCACUUGAACAGCCAGUGAUACCUUCAGAGGACCCAAUCAGUGAAGUCACUGCAGUCCCAGGUGGCAGGCCCUGUUUUACAAGGCGCAGUUCUCGCCUCCACCCUCAGCACAGAAAGUCAUGCGCCGAGGGAAUUCACACUACAUUUCCACAGGAAUGGACUGUCUUGUCUAAAUCAUUUCUCAGCUUUCUUGCGGCGGUGGUGGAUUUUCCUUAAAUGGCAUUUUAUAAGCAAGACAGCCAGGAGGACGCACGAGAGUGCCCGGUGUGCUAUGAGUGUCUGUCGGGCAUAGAGAGGACCCUGAGCUGUGGACAUGUAUUCUGCCACGACUGUCUGGUCAAAACGCUGGUCAGCAUCAACAGCGAUGGGGACAGUAUCAGAGACACUAUUGUUUGCCCCAUCUGUCGACAUCUUACAUUCAUCAAGAAGCAAAAGGAAUCGCUGGUAUCCCUCGCGGCGGACAAGGAUUCAGGUGAAGGGCAGACCCUGGAGGUGCCUCUGCCUCCGCCGCUGAGACAGCUCCAGAGCGCACGGCGCGCCUCCACGGACAGUUCGCCGAGAGAAGUUAAUUGGGUUGCUCGCUGCUUUAGGGGGAUGUCUGAACGAAUCCGUCGACAGAGGUUGAUCAGCCCCAGCAAUAACGCAUCUCAGAUCUUUAUCAUAAGCGCUCAGGGGCGACCCAUGGCUGAAGACGAUGCGCUCAGUGUUGUGAUGACUGUGGUUCAACCUCAGCGCAGGCGAAGGCGCAGAAUUUGCACGACUGCACGAUGCCUGCUCGUUUUGCUGUCAGCAUUUACCAUACUGGCACUGGUGGCUGCAACUUUACCCUGGAUUUUAUUGGCAUAGACUUGUGUGUGAUGUGGAUUUCUGGAUUAUGAAGUGCCAAGUUGAACUGACAUUUAUAGGAAACAUUUUCUCAUCCAUAGAAUGAAGUGUGUGAAGCAGUGUAGUUGUUUUAAUAUCUAAAUAAUCUGAUGCAUUCCACUAAAUAAUCAAAAUGAAAAUGUAAUACAGUUACUCAGUAUGUUACAUUGAAGUUUAUUUUGCAGCAUGGUUUUAAAAUGUGAUGGAGCAUUGUCAUUUCCUUCCCUAAGCUUAGGGGGAGUUUACAGGCAUACCCAUGUCCUUUGUGUGCAUUACCAAGCAACAGUCAGAGUAAAGUUUAAAGCCUUGACAGCAAAGUCUUUUGUUUUGCAUUCUGGUCUGUGACCUGUUCUACCUGUUUCAUGAGAAGCAAACAUGCAGGAAAUGUAGCAAUUCCAAAGUACACCUAAAAGUUUGUAAAAUCCCAACAAGCUUGGACAUCUUGAAAUUGUAUUUUCAACAAAUAAGGGGGAAUGGAAGCAAAAAAAAAGCAAUAAAGACCAUUUAACCCUACUUAAUCCCACUGUUGUUAACCCAGCUCAAGUCAUUGCUGUGUUACCCUGUUGUUGGAUACACUGUUUCCAAGCAGCAUCAAAAAUGUAAACUGCAGAGCUACAUCUGUCUCACCUUCAGGAUCAUUUUGUGUCUGCAUAUGUGCUAAAAAUAAUGAUAAAGACCCUUUUGACACAGUCAGGGUGUCACAUUAACAGACUUUCUCUCCUUCUUACAUCACAAGGAAAGAUGUCAGACAUUUUGAAAAAAAACCUAACAAUUUCCAUCUUAAAUAUGAAUUUUACAUGUGCUGGUUAAGUGGGAAAAUGUUUAAUAUGCAGAUUGGAGAAAGUUUAGUGUUUAAUUAGACCCCUCAGUAACAUUCUUCACAGCAUGUGACUGCCUCCUUCUGUAACGUGUAUAAAGACGGUGUAAACAGAGACACCUGUAAAACUUUCAGUGAGAAAUAAUUGAUGCGCCCGUGAGUCUGAAGGAGAUAGACUUGCAGUUGGGGAUGAGCUGUGCCUGGCUGAUUGCUGUAAGGAGAUACACUGCUGGACUUGCUGGAGUGUGGCGUUGGAUUACCACUCUCUCUCUUGAAAGAAUCCAGAUUGAGAUGGAGCAGAAAAACAUGGCCUCACUGUGGCAGCCAUGAGAAAACCUGAAAAAUAAGAUAAUAUGGGAACUGAUUCAUAGAGAGAAGACUAAUGCUAAUUGCUCUUGAACAAAGAAUCCACAGCAAAUAAAAAAGACUUGUUGUUAGAAUGAACAUUAUCAGUAUCAUCAUCAUCCUGACAAAUGUGUACACUCCUAGUUUCCUCCUGUGGCAAUCCCUCAGCCAUCCUGCUGGGCCAGUCCUACAGGUUACACACUUGGAGAGGUCUCUGUUUUUCAGCCAUACCUGGUUUCUCAGAGAGUGGGAGGAGGACAAUAAUGAUUAAUUUCUUUGAUGAAUCAGACUUUCUUAAUGAUAUUCCUGUUGGUGGUUUGUACGUCAGUAAAUGGACCCAAAUUAAAGGAAUACGUCA